CCUUGGUUACGGUUGGCAGAGGGAGGAGCUCGCGGGACCGGGUGGCUGUCACGCGGGGUGCUCGCCUGGCAAUCUGUUGCAAAACAGCUCCGCUGAGGACGAGCGUGAAGCGAGUUUCUCUCCUCCCCUUCCGUCCGGUGCAAGAAAACAGGUGGCUAACAUAGAGCAGGAAUGAAUCAGUGCCAGGAAACCGGUCAAACCGAGGACCAGGAGGAGGUGACAGAACUGGUGUGUCAGGAGGCUGAUCUCAAAGAUGGGCAAAUGAAAGAAGUAACUGUGGGGGAACAGAAAGUGCUGUUAGUUCGCACCCAGGGUCAAUACAGCGCUGUUGGAUCCAAGUGCUCUCAUUACAGUGCACCUCUGAUUAAAGGGGUAGUGGUUGGUACCAGAGUGAGAUGCCCUUUUCACGGUGCUUGCUUCAAUGUCAGAACUGGAGAUAUUGAGGAUUAUCCAGGACUGGACAGUCUACCCUGUUAUAAGACCAAGGUUGAAGAUGGCAACGUGUAUGUUUCCAUCAGCAAAAAAUUUCUGAAGGAGACCAAACGGGUGAAAGAGAUGUGCAGUGUGGCACCAGACAUCAAACAUACCAUUCUGCUAAUAGGGGGGGGACCUGCCUCUCUGGUCUGCGCUGAGAUACUUCGGCAAAACUGCUACCAGGGUCGCAUCGUCAUCAUAACCAAGGACUCCCUGCCUCCAUUUGACAAACCCAAGCUGAGUAAGGCUUUGAAUGUGGACAGCAUCAGCAUCCUUCUCCGUUCAGAUGACUUCUAUCAACAAUACGGGAUAGAGGUUUGGACGCAGAAGGAGGUGGUGUCGGUAAACCCUGCCAACAAGGAAGUGAAGAUGAGUGACGGCACUCUGCAGCGUUACGACCAGCUCCUCAUUUCAACAGGUUGCAGAGCACGGCCACUCACCUGUCCUGGUUCAGACCUGAAAGGAGUAAAGUUACUGGAGACUUACAAAGAUGCCAAAGAACUUCACGGCUCCUGUCUUGGCCAGAAAGUAGUUGUUACCGGAGCAUCCUUCAUAGGUAUGGAGGUGGCAUCCUACUUUUCAGACAAAGCUGCCAGUGUGGCUGUAGUUGGCACUACUCGAUACCCGUAUGAGCGCGCUCUGGGACCAGAGAUCGGCCAGCUGAGUAUGCAAAUGUUGGAAGAAAAAAAUGUGAAGUUCCACAUGAGCGAUCAAGUCGCGGAGAUCAGAGGAGAGAAUGGGAAGGUGAAGGAGGUGGUGUUGAAAAGUGGUGCAGUCCUGGAAGCUGAUGUUGUGAUUGCUGGAAUUGGUGUAAUCCCCAAUUCAGACUUAUUGGCAGGAAGCGGGGUGGAAGUGGAUUCAAGGAAAGCUGUGAUUGUUGACAAGUUCAUGAGGACCAACAUACCAGAUGUUUUUGCUGCUGGAGAUGUUACCUCCUUCCCUCUGACCAUUCGAGGCGAUCAGAUGGUCAACAUUGCUCACUGGCAAAUGUCACAGGCUCACGGAAAAGUGGCAGCACUAAACAUGCUGAAGAAAUCGACAAAAAUAGAGUCUGUUCCUUUCUUCUGGACUGUUUUGCUUGGGAAGAGUUUCCGAUACACUGGCUAUGGGGAAGGCUACACAGAAAUUAUAUUCAAAGGCAAAGUAGAAGAGAGGAAAUUUCUGGCUUUCUAUAUAAAGGAUGAUGUGGUGGUAGCUGCAGCCAGCCUGAUGUUCGAUCCUGCUGUUUCUCAUAUUGCAGAACUGAUGGCUAAUGGCCAAAUCUUAACAAAAGCACAGGCUCAAGCUGAAGACCUGAGCUGGCUCCAGAUGUAACCAGGAUUAACACCUCUCAGCGAGUGUCACCUCUUGCCUUGUUUUUCUCUCCUUUGUGACAUGAUGCCAGUUUGCUCCACUUCCUGCCUCAGGCUGCCUGGAAACC